GCUUCCCGGCCGGCGCUGCGGACGCCUCUCAAAGGACCUCUUCUAUGGAGAACCUUGGCAACCCUUGCCACUCCGGAGUUCUUUGACCUUGGGCAAGAGACCGCAACCUUGAUCUCCCCGGCGAAAUGGAGAUCCUAAUACCGAGGAUUCAAACUGCAGAGAAGUCUGUCAGGUGGUAGUGUGGGAUAUGAUCUGCAGCAGCCACCAAGUAUCAGGCAGGAGGCAAGAGGUGCCACUUAGGCUGGCACUGAAGAGAAUUUACUGUGGAUGGACUGAACAGUCUGCAUAAAUAUUCCUUGAAAUUACAUUUUGGCUGUUUCUGAUACUUGGAAGCUAUCCUUUCAGCCACAAAGAUGGUCAUAAAUCUUUGUCUCCCACAAUUUAAACCAAGAAUUCACUGCAACAAGAUAUCAGCUGAUGGUUAUGAAGUAGAAAAUCUCAUCUCUGAAGACCUCACAAAGAGAAGCCAUGGUUUUAGGACAGAGUAUUUCAUUAAGCCACCAAUCUAUGUGACAGUCUCCUUUCCCUUUAAUGUGGAAAUCUGUAGGAUUAACAUAGACCUCACAGCUGGAGGAGGCCAGAGUGUCACUGGCCUGGAAAUGUACACAUCUGCCUUAUCCAGCAGAGCCUCUUGGAAUACACCUGAGUGCCAGACCCCAGGCCCUGCUGAACCAUCUGUUCCUGACAAGGAGGCAUUCACCUUGGUAGGCAAAGUCUUACUGAAAAACCAGAGCCAAGUGGUAUUCAGCCACAGGGGUUUCAAGGCCAGGCCACCCUUUAGCCCAGUGGAAAUCACACUCCCCUCCCCUGCUGUUAUGGCCCAGGAACUCUGGAAUAAAGGGGCUCUUUCCCUUAACCAUGUGGCCCACCUCAAGAUUGGUAUUACCCAUGUGACUGGCAGUGGUAUUCCUUGCAUCAAGCGGCUGGAGGUGUGGGGUCAGCCGGCCAAGACUUGCUCUCAAGAGGUGAUAGACAGUGUCCUACUGGUGGCCUCAGAGAGUUUGCCUCAGGAUUUGGCUUUGCAGACUCCAGCUUUGCCCAUGGAGAGUGACUGUGACUCUGGGGGCCCGUCUGAGGACCAGCAGGCCUCCUCCAACCUGCAGGAACUGGCUGAGGCAGUUGGUGAUGUGCCUGAGGAGUUCCUGGAUCCCAUCACCCUGGAGAUCAUGCCUUGCCCCAUGCUGCUACCCUCAGGCAAAGUCAUUGACCAGAGCACACUGGAAAAGUGUAACCGCAGUGAAGCUACGUGGGGCCGAGUGCCCAGUGACCCUUUCACCGGGGUAGCCUUUACUCCACAUUCCCAGCCCCUGCCCCACCCCUCCCUGAAGGCCAGGAUUGAUCAUUUCCUGCUUCAGCAUUCCAUCCCUGGCUGCCAUCUACUUGGGAGAACACAGACUACAUUGGCAGUGACCCCUUCUUCCAUUGCCCUGCCUUCACGGAAAAGAAAGAUAGAGCAGGCUGAGCGAACCCCAGGCAGUAGCCUGGGUGUCAGUGCUUCCUGUUUUUCUAUCACAAACCCCCUGGUCUCACCUACUACCUCAGAGUACACCGCCAAGAAAAUGAAAACCACCAGUGAGCUUGGCCUAACGAACAUGGACUGCUCAACAGAUCCAGUGUCCCAUGAGCAGAAGCUGUCACAGAGCUUGGAAAUUGCCUUGAUGUCCACUCUUGGCUCCAUGCCCUCCUUCACGGCUCGGCUGACCAGAGGACAGCUCCAGCAUGUGGGCAUAAGAGGGAGCAGCACGGCUGGGAGGCCAAGCGCCAGCUUGGAGCAACCUGGGAGUAUCAGAGGCCCUGAAUGUGCUUCCUGCAGAAGAACGUUUUCUUCCUACUUCAGAAAGGAGCCCAUGUACCAGCUGCCCUGUGGUCACCUCCUAUGCCGACCCUGCUUGGCUGAGAAGCAGCACUCCCUGCCCAUGACAUGCACAGCCUGCCAGCAUCCAUUUGCCAGCCAGGAUGUGUUGCGGGUUCACUUCUGAGUGACCAGCCUCAACUGGAGAAGCACCAUUGCAGGAAGGAGCAGAGGGUGAGCAGGAGCAGAGUCAUAGCUCUCCUGCAGUUGCAUGGCGGCAGGCAGAGUGCCUGUUUUUUCCUUGGGGGCUUUUUCACCUCAGAGUGUAGCACAGGGACUGAGCGGGGGAACACCCCGCUCCUGCUCAGGUGGCAACAGGAAAACAAAGCCAUAGACUUGGUUCGGAGGGCUGGAGGGAUGUUCCUGCCCUCCUGUGCCUCCCUGCCACUCCCCCACCAGAGCACAGGGUCUGCUGAAGCCAGCCCCACUGGGGCAGGAGCACCUGUGCUGAGGGCUCCCCCAGUUGCCUGUAAAUACCCACUUCUAGCAGAACCCUGUGAGUGGAGCACAAUAGACUGUGGAUAGCAAAGAGGGUCUCUGCCUCUGGGUCACACUGAAGUGAACCACGUUGGGGGCUGUGGAGCUCAUGACUCAGCCUCCUCUUCCAACUGGCAGACACUCAGCGCCUUAAUAAAGUGAUGGUUGAUGUCUUCUUUGGAUUUCC